AUGAAGUUAAUUACACACAAUAUGCUUACAUCGAAUAUACUCAAAGGCGUAACAAAAGGUUUUCCAUUAAAAAUCAAUUUUACUAAAGUAGAAAAUGCAUCGGUGGAUUACAAUCGAGAUUUCAUCAUUCGUGUUAUGCAACGUAUUGAAUAUGAUGCAUUAAGAGGCGCUGUCACUGAUCUUGGUUUACAUGAAUCAUUACCAGAGACAAUAUCGGACUCAACUCAACAGAACGAAGAGUUUCUUAAAAAGAUGCAUAAAGUUCUGCUUGAAUAUGAAGUUGAAGAAGGUGAACUUGUUUGUCCUGAAACUGGUCGUAAAUUUCCGAUUUCAAAAGGCAUUCCAAACAUGUUAUUGCAAGAAACUGAAGUAUCAUGA